UACUACUUUUACACAGCUGGAAGUCACUCGAGGAGCUUCCCCGGGCAACGCCAGCCAAAGCAUUUGGCUGCAUGCAUGCCAAUGUGGCCAGCGUGCGGUAUGACUCCACUCCAAUUUUGCCAUGCAUACAGUACUCACAUAUGUGUUAUAUGCAGCAGUGAUCACUGAUCAGUGGAGCACACGCCAGCGUCCUCUUCCUUCCAAGAAGGCCAGAGCCAACUCGAGGUGAGCCGUGCAGCUAGCGAGAUGAAGAAAACUGUGGUUCUCUACCCGGGCCUCGGCGCCGGCCACCUGAUGCCGAUGAUCGAGCUGGCCAAGGUCUUUGUCCAGCACGGCGUCGCCGUCACCGUGGCGCUCGUGAAGCCGCCCCUCGACCUCGAGGCCCUCGACUUCUCCGCGGUGAUCGCCCGCGCCGCGUCCUCCAACCCGUCCAUCUCCUUCCACGUCUUGCCGCCUGCGACGACCUCUGAUUCUGGUUCCGGCGACGGUCGUCGCAGAAAGUACUACGUCCUCGAGAUGGUGGACUGCCUCAAGGCCAUGAACGCUCCGCUCCGCGACUUCCUCCGGUCGCUGCCCGCCGUCGACGCGCUCGUCAUCGACAUGUUCUGCCCUGACGCGCUCGACGUCGCGGCCGAACUCAGGCUGCCCGUCUACUACUCCUACGCCUCGUGCGCCGGGGACCUCGCCGUCUUCCUCCACCUCGGCUUCAACCAAGACACCUACGCAGCUUCCAUAGACGCUGGCGGCGAUGCUACACUUUCCUUUCCGGGCGCUCCUCCGUUCAAGGCGUCGGAUCUGCCGGGAGUAGUUGACAGCGACCCCGAAGCAGCCAUGGCCAUCCUCCAGACGCUCCAUCGGAUGGCGGCGUCCGACGGGAUCGUCGUCAACACCUUCGUGGAGCUGGAGACGCGGGCGGUGCGCGCUCUGCGGGACGGGCUGUGCGUGCCCGGCCGUGCCACGCCACCGGUCUACUGCAUCGGGCCACUGGUGUCCGGCUCCGGCGGCGGUGGGGAAAUGGAGCACGAGUGCCUCCGCUGGCUGGACACGCAGCCGGACAGCAGCGUCGUGUUCCUCUGCUUCGGGAGCCUGGGCACGUUCUCCGAGAGGCAGCUGAAGGAGGUCGCCGUCGGCCUCGAGAGGUCGGAGCAGAGGUUUCUCUGGGUGGUGCGCACCCCGCGCACCGUCGACGACGAGCUGGCCGUGGGCGCGGGGAAGGCGCUGUCGGAGCCAGACCUCGGCGCGCUGCUUCCAGACGGGUUCUUGGAGAGGACCAAUGGCAGAGGCCUCGUGGUCAAGUGCUGGGCGCCGCAGGUGGACGUGCUGCGCCACAGGGCGGCGGGCGCUUUCGUGACGCACUGCGGGUGGAACUCGACGCUGGAGGGCAUCACGGCGGGGCUGCCGCUCCUGUGCUGGCCCAUGUACGCGGAGCAGAAGAUGAACAAGGUGUUCAUCGUGCAGGAGAUGAAGCUCGGGGUGGAGAUGAGGGGAUACGACGGCGAGGUGGUGGCGGCGGGUGAGGUGGAGACGAAGGUGAAGUGGGUGAUGGAGUCCGAGGGUGGGCGAGCGCUCAGGGAGAGGGCAGCGGCGGCCAAAGAUGCGGCAGCCAAGGCGAUGAUCCGGGAAGGGGGCUCGUCUCAUGCUGACUUUAUCAGAUUUCUCCAGGGUCUUGACAACAUUUCGUCGCGUUCGUGAAGUGGCGCCGGCAUGCUCUGCUGUCUUCUCGAUCAAGUGUUGUGGAAUGGAGUAGCGGUACGAUGUAUUGAAUGGAUAGAUGACUGUCUCUUGGUAUUCUGUAUUCGUGUUGCCAACCGUGGACACGCACUUUUAUCUUUGCUUGUUCUUCUAGUCUGUAAUUUUUGGGGUUCUACUGUAUUUCCCUACAGGCUAUGUGUUGUGAUUGGAUAAAGCCUACUAUAUUCUUCUGAUCAA